AUGUUUAUAACGACUCUGCUCCAGUGUACCAUUGGUAAAUGGGUGGCUGAAUUUAAGGAUCGAACACGCGACUUUGAAGGUGCACCACGAGGUGGUCGUCCAUCGAUCACAACUACCGAUGAAAAUACUAAAGCCGUGGAACGUAUUCUAAUGCGUGAUCGACAAAUUUCUGUCCGCCGUGUAGCCGACAAGUUGGGCAUUCAAAACGAAAUUAUGAGCAACAUACUGCAACAUUGUGCACGAAAAGCGACUAGCUAA